GGAACUAAAGAUGGCGGCUGCCAUGUAAGUAGAUGUAAGAAUUAAGAGAGCUGCUGGAGGAAUGGAGGAUUCCUCGGUGUUUCUUCUGUGCUUGGCGGCCAGCAGUGGCGUCCCUCUGUACAGCAGGAGCAAGGGCAGCAGCCGGCAGUUGACUUUUUCCGUGAUUGGAUCACUGAAUGGCGUGCACAUGUUUGCCAGUAACCAGGAUGUUCUGCUAACAUCUACGUGCACCGAGAAUACCAGGGUCGCCUGGAGAGCCUUUCACGACAGUAUCACAUUAAUUGUGAUGUCCUCAGAAAGCGGAGCCAGCGAACUCUCACUAAACAGACUUCUGGAAAAUGUUUUUAAUGCAAUGGUCUUGGUGAUUGGUUUGGACGAUCUGGUCAAUAUUAAAAAUGUUGAACGACUAAAGAAAGACUUAAGAGCAUGUUACAGGCUGAUUGAUAGCUUCUUAUUGGAGACAGAAAAAAUGGGAGACCUCACGCAAUGCGUUGAUUGUGUUAUUGCUUACGAUGUUCCCAUUCUCCAGGAAUGUCUCGACAACUUCACCCAGGCAGCAGAAAGUAACUUUGGGUGUCUUAUGGCAGGGGGGAAGGUAGUAGUGGCCACUGAAAAAUGGUGGAGGCUGUCAUCCCAGGAGGUCAUGCUUCUGUGCUGGUUGGUGGCUUCUCUGGCACCUCACUCUUCAAGGGACUACCCAGUGUAUCUUCCUCAAGGCAGUCCUACAGUUCCACACAGACUGCUUACAUUCCAGUUGGUGCCUGGGGUAGAUGUUUGUGUUCUUUGUGGACCAAAACCCUCUCUGCAGAAGGUUGAGACUGAGUUAAUAGAAAGGUUCUGGAAGCCUGUUCACGAUCCAAUCAAAUCUUGUUUGAGAGUGCAGAUGAGAUCCUUCCCGGCCUCUGUUCCUCUGCACCAUGGAAUUCUAGGUCUCCUGCUGAUAAAUCGGGAUAUGAAUAAAAGUUUAUACACUGUGCAAGCGCAUCCCAUGGAGGAAAUGCAAAAAACAGAUCUGAAACUUACACUGGAACAGAGGAGAUCUGCACUACGCUCCUUCUACACUCUCGCCAUGUCCCGGUAUUUCCCAUCGGAACGUGCUGAUGGAAAGAACACUCUCCCCUCUGAGGAGUCAUUCCAGUCCGGCUUCAGCCACAGUGCCCACCAGUGCUACACCAUCUCCAGCUCCUGCAAGUGCUACGGAAUGAAAACGGAGCUGCACCUGCUCUUCUUGCUCCUCAAGCCUGAAGUCCCUACAUUCAGCAUGCGCUCCAUCGCUAACAAAACCAUCGCCGCCUUCACCAAGGACUUUCCUUUCUAAGAGACUGCUGACAAGUUCUACAGCCCCUGAGUCUCCAUGGAGCGACACAAAAUGGGCUUUCCACCCACUUUUCUCUGUGGGAAUGUGGAGCAGCAGGACUUUCGAAAUCGCUGCACUUUCAAGCUGUUGUAGACUGAAAAUAUGGCAAUGUAUAAAGGCACAAGGGCUCAUUUAUCUCAGCAAUUGCAAAGUGGGCAACUUUUCCUUGCAGUGAGUUGUGCCUAAAGCCACUUUCAUCAAAGGUACUCACAUCAAAAUCUGUUUCUUGCUUCCCCCUAUAGUAGCAUGACGCUCAGGCCUUCCUGUUUUCUAUUCCAAAUCGGGCACUGCAGCACUUAUUGACACGGGGGAACCCUACCCCCACCACUGGACCAGGUAGUUGCUCUAGGGUUUCCCAAGUGCCCUGCAUUAGUAGGCACAGCACACUAGCUCCAAAAGAAUGGGGCGCACAUGUCAAUCACACGCAGUACACCGGAAAUGAAGGUACACAGACAGAAUUGCGUGGUGCAAUUUUGUCAAGAAAAUCACCUGUUUGUGUCUGCAUUAACACUGGAAUUAUAGGAAAAAAUGGUGCAUUUUGGAAAAAAAAGAUGACACCUGUGCUGGAAAUUGGAUUUUGCUCACUUCGUCUAGGUAAGUGAAUGGGCCCUACAAUCUGCAGCAUAAUGGAUACUGAGGAUGGCACAGCAGAGAUAUCAGAAUUGUGACAUUGCCCCCUUCAAAGGCCAGUAUUCAUUUAACAGGGUUUGUUUUAUUACUAAGACAAAAAAAAAUCUCUCUGUAAAAAUAAAUGUUGUAUAUUGUGAAA